AUGGCAGACAAGAUGUCCAUCGAUAAGGCGGAUCCGACGCAUAACCAGAAUAGCAACCAUCUCAACGGCCUCAACGGUCAUCGUCGAGAAGAGACCGACUCGCCCGCAGGCUCUAGCCCUGACAGGGACCACAACCCGGGGAUAACCUCUGCCAAUGCUACCCAGGAGGCUCAGCAGCCCAAGAGGAAGGGCGGCCGCAAGCCUAUCUAUGCUACAUCCGAAGAACGAAAGCAACGAAACAGACAGGCUCAGGCUGCCUUCCGAGAACGCCGAACCGAAUACAUCAAGCAACUCGAAGAGACCAUCCGCGUCCAUGAGUCCAACCUCCAUAACCUCCAGGCGGCUCACCGCACGGCCGCCGAUGAAUGUUUGAUGCUUCGCUACAAGAACUCUUUACUUGAGCGUAUACUUCUUGAGAAGGGCAUCGAUGUUCAAGCUGAGCUUCGCGCAAAGACUGGUAGCCCCAACCUUGGGCCAACCCAUAUGCCGCAGAAUCUGGUCCAACCACCACCGAUCCAGCGUGCUAUUAUGAACCGACACCACCAGUCUCGUCGAUCGAACUCGAACAUUGCACCAAAGGCUGAGCCCGGUCCCGUGUUGCCGCCUCCCCUCCAACCGCACUCGACCGCUACCUCGCCCAAGAACCGACCAACACCAUCGUCGCACUCGAAUUCGCCCACAAACACUGGUGCCUUCUCGCCAGCGGCCUCGGACAAUGUGUCGAUGCGAGGUUCUAUGACCAGCAUGGGUCGACAGCAGAUGCCUCAGCAACAACCGCCGCAACAACCGCAGCAAAUGCCCCAAAGCACACAGGCUUCUAGGCAACCAAUGAUGCAGUCGGGUGUACGAGGAGGCCCAGUGUCUUCGGGCGCUUCGUACUACCCCACCCCCGCUUUCCAGAAUCACAUUGAGCAGCUAGAGCAAGAAUAUGACGCUCAAGCCGACAUGAUUGAUGAUUCCGAGAUUGAAACACCUGCCGGACACGGAGGCUAUCCAUCAGGCUACAAUGGCGACAACCAACAACCCAUGAUGAUGUCGCCAGCCUCGAACGGACCCGGGCACCAGAUGACACCGUCACACGAGCCCGUUCAGCCGCCACAGACUACACACUCCCAAUACCCAUCUAUGACCCAGUUGUUGGACCAGAACGGUCUGGACUGGGACCCCUUUGGAUUGACUGCCAGCAUGCAGUUUCCUGCGCAGCAAUUUCAAUUCGACCAAACCAAUAUGAGGUGA